CCAUUCCACGCCUAAUUUUCCAUCUCGUGGAGUCUAGGCCACCCUAGCUGAUUCCACGCGCGCACGAAUCCGUCCAAUGUCUUCUAUCCGAUCCCACCCGUUUUAUAGUGUGUUCCAACUUCCAAGUGUUAAUUUGACCUCAAGACUCCAUCCCUUUCAAACAGUCAUAGGCGCACACGUUUUGAUAGAUCAACUCGUUGCUCCUUCCGUAUAAAACCACCUUUGCAGGAGCUGCUCUGCCCACAACUUUCUCUUUCUCUUGCCCACUGGUUGCUCCUACUCUCUGUAGUUCUUCAGGUGUGCAAGAAAGAUAUACGCACGUGAGCUCUGAUUGGCAUGGCCGUGGAGGCGGUUCUUGAAGCGGCAACGAUGAUACCGUCGCCGCCGAGCAAGGAGAUGGAGGCGUCUAGUAGUACCAGCGAGGAGGCGUCGGCGUUGUUGGGGCAGGCGGAGGGGUGGUCGAAGCGGAAGCGGUCGAGGCGGCAGCGCGCGCUCGACCCCAGCGAGGAGGAGUACCUCGCGCUCUGCCUCCUCAUGCUGGCGCACGGCCACCGCGACAGCGCCCCUGCUGCCGCGCCAGAGCAGCAGCACGGGUGCUCCGUCUGUGGCAAGGUGUUCUCGUCCUACCAGGCGCUCGGCGGCCACAAGGCCAGCCACCGGAAGCCUACAGCGGCGCCGGCUGGCGCAGAGGACCAGAAACCGCUGGCGGCGGUGGCGGCAGCUUCCUCGUCGGGGUCCGGCGAGGCCGCGGUCGGCGCCGGAGGCGGCAAGGUGCACGAGUGCAACGUGUGCAGGAAGACGUUCCCGACUGGGCAGGCGCUGGGCGGACACAAGCGGUGCCACUACGACGGCACCAUCGGCAGCGCCGCCGCAGGGCCCACGCAGAAGCUGGCCGCCAAGGCGGCCGCGGCAAGCGCGACGGCGGCGAGCCAGGGCUUCGACCUGAAUCUGCCGGCGCUGCCGGACAUCCCGGAGCGGUGCGCGGUCACGGAAGAUGGGGAGGAGGUUCUCAGCCCCGCUUCCUUCAAGAAGCCGAGGCUCAUGCUCGCGGCGUAAACCCACAGUUACCUGCUGCAUAUACUUGGUCAAAGUUUAGGGUAGAAUCUGCUGAUUAAUUAGUUGGUGUGCAUAACUGUUCAUAGCUUGCUGGUGAUUAGUGAUGACCAUCGAUUCAUUCGUGUAUGUAAGAUAGGAACUGUAGUCCAUUGGUUUGUUCACUGUAACAUCAGGAUUAGACCUAGCUAGGUAUGGGCUAGCUAUCAGCUCGUUAGAAGGAUUGAUUCUUUCAUUGGUUUGUGUGUGCUUAUCCAUGAAUGAUGUAUAUAUGUAUCAUUAACAAAUAUUAAUUUCA